AUGAAUUUUAAUGGGAUGUUUGGAGGCGAAGUGGAAGAGUCAGAUGAGAACAGCUCGGAUGGAUAUUGUGGCCGUUAUUACGCGAGUGACGACGAAGGUGAGGAGGAUGAAGGUGGUGAGGAAGGUGACCCAACAGGUGGCAGAGAGGAUGAACAUGGUAAUUUAUCAGGUGGUGCCAGUCAUGCAGGGGAUGGUGGGAAAAUUCGGCCAGUUAUCGCAGAGGAUUUCCCUGGCAGAGAGUUUGUUGGGGAGGAAGAUGCCUACCUUGCGUACAAGGAGUUUGCUAGGACGAGGGAUUUUGGGGUCCGCAAGGGAGAUGUGGGGCGUGUUGAUGGGGUUUUGGUUAGGAGAGACUUUUUCUGCCACCAACAAGGCACAAGACAUCCUAAGCACUAUGACCGUCCUGAGCGAGUUAGGGAGGAGAGGUUGGAGAGUCGAACCGACUGCAAGGCGAAGUUGAAGAUUUACUAUGAUGUGCAACACAGUGUGUGGAAGGUCAGGACCAUCUUCGAUGAGCACAACCACGAGCUUGCCCCGGCCAUGUUUUCCCACCUUUUGCCUAGCCAUCGCAAGAAGAGUAACUGUGACAAAGCGCAAGUUGAUAGCAUGAAGAAGUUUGGGAUACCAACCUCGAAGAUAAUAGCUUACAUGACUGGUCAAUCUGGAGGGUAUAGAAUGCUGCGAUUUACAAAGCGUGAUUUGUAUAAUUACGUACACGGGCAAAGGCUAGCCCGAAUCAAUGAUGGCGAUGCUGCAGCAACGAUUAGUUACUUAGAGGGCAAGGUGAAUGCCGACAUGACAACUGUCGCACGUUACACGCGAACUGCGAAUAAUCGGCUGGGGAGCCUUUUCUGGGUUGACGGUGAGAUAAUGUGGGACUAUCAGUUAUUUGGAGAUGUUAUGGCUUUUGAUUCGACGUAUCGGUCUAAUAAGUACAAGAAACUGCUUGUAGUGUUCUCCGGGUCAAAUCACCACAAACAGACAACUAUUUUUGGAUUUGCGCUACUGGAGGAUGAGAAAGUUUGUACUUACUGGUGGCUAUUGUUAAAUCUUGUAGACAUAAUGGGAGAGAAGACGCCGUGCGUUGUUGUCACGGAUGGGGACAAAGCGAUGCGCGCAGCCAUCAUGGAGGUGUUCUCGGCAGCUAGGCACCGGCUGUACGGGUGGCACUUGGAGAAAAACUGUGUUCAGAGGGUUAAGGAUACCGAAUUUUGGAAGGUCUUUAAGAAGGCUAUGUAUGCCAACUUCGAGGAAUAUUGGAAGAAGGCAAUUGAGUCACUUGGCCUUCAAAAUAAUAGUUGGGUUCAGAGCACAUACAAGCUCAAAUAA